AUGCCGUUCUCUCAACGCUAUUUGGACCGAAAGGUUGACAAUAAAAUACAGCCAGUUAAUAUGGGUGGUGAAAUGUCACUUGUUUUACCUCAUCUCUAUUUGGGCUCAAUGAAAGAUCGAACAAACAGUACAUUGAUGGUUAAAAAUAAAGUUAAACGUAUUCUAUGUAUUAUUGAUGUGCCAGAUAUGGUUAUUGAUAGAGACGAAUAUAAACCAACACAUCUAUUAAAUAUUCCAGCAGCAGACGCACAACAACAAGAUCUUGCUCAAUAUUUUGAGAAAUGUAUUGAAUUUAUUCAUCAAGCAAGAAUAGAACAUGAAAAUAUUCUAGUUCAUUGUCAAGCAGGCAUUUCGAGAAGUGCAACAGUUGUUGUUGCCUAUGUUAUGACCAUUGGGGAUUAUGAUGUUGAAAAAGCUCUUCAAAUUGUGAAAGGUGCCAGAGGUUAUAUUCAUCCAAAUCCAGGGUUUCUAUUUCAAUUGAAAAGAUAUUAUACGAAUGACGUCAAAAGGAAUUGGUAUCGUUUAACGCGACGUUACCCUACUUAUGUAUUUAAUGAUGACGAAAUUUUUGUUAAAGAGUCCUUAGAUGCUUAUUGGCAACAAUUUGAACCGGCUUUUGUUGCCGAACCAGGACAGAAAAGACUCGAAAAAAAAUUUGGCAGUCCAUUGCGAACCGAGGAUGAUUUGCACAUGUUUGAAGAAAACGAACGUGCUUAUGAGCGAAUGAUCAAUGGAGAUAUAUCAUUACAACAAGUAUCAAAUGAUGAAUUGGACAUUAAUGCGAUUGAAAAAAAGGCACUUCCGAUCGUCGAACAAAUAAUCGAUAAUAAUCAAGAACAAAAAUUGAGACGAAUAAUAUCAGUCGAUGAAGAAAAACCAUCUGCGUCGAUCGUCAUCAUUAAUGAGCCCCAAGCAUUAUCGCAUAAUCAAUCAAUAGAUAAAGCACCUGUUGUGUCAUCUUCGACAACAAAGCGUUAUCAUGAUUCUAAAAGAAAAUUCACUACUUCGAAAGCUAUUCGUCGUUCCAAUACAAUGCGAUCGAAAUGA